AAAAAACACAACAUGUUUUUUCAUGUUGGCUGGCUGUACGAAGUUUAUCCUUCAGUCAGAAAAACAGAAAUGAAAGCACAAAUAAACAUAUGAAUCACAUAUUAUCAGUAACAAUGUCAAAAACAGAUUCAGUUAACUGUAAAUUGAUCUUCUGAAAAUAAAAGCUCGUAAUAAAGGACAGUGUGACACGAGGUUUUGUAAACUCCAUGGAAAAUCUUUCAGUUUGGGAAUUUUAUGUUGAAUUCCUAAAUGUAAGUAUCUGAUAGAAUAAAUAUAUUAACUUCUUUGGUCAGAUUGUGGCUUUUUAAUGAAUUCGGCAGAUAUUUUAUAAACUUUAUUUAUUCUUUAUUUAUCUUGUAUCUAUAAAAUUACCCUUGGUUUUAGCUCAUGCUGUGUGUUAGCUAACGUUGCUCGACGCUCUGGUACGCUGAACCUAAUUGAAUACUUUAUUUUUGAGGUUUCUUCGUGGAUUUAUUAAUUAUGAAUAUUAAUCAGUAAAGUGGAACGCUCUGCGAGGCUUCUCACCGAACUUCGGCGUACAUUUACGUCACCAGAAAUCAUCUUAUCAGAAGCAAUCUGCAUAACAUCUGUUUUCCCUCAAAGUUGAUUUUAUCUGGGGUAGAAACGCAUGCCGAGUUUAAGAUCGAUGAUUAACGAAUCCUUCCACGCAAAUAGUUCCCAUAAUUAACCACCAAUCUAAGCAAAUGCGAUUGUAUUGGCAUGAAAAAUGUGAAAGCUACAUGAUUAGCAAAGACUUUCGUUCCGCCUGCUUGUUUCCACCCGAGCACAAAAACACAGAGCAGUUGAAAGGUAGUUGUACGGGCGGUGAGCUGACACAAAUGACUAGUUUAAUGAUGUGGAACUGCUUAUUUAUGUGAGCUAAUUAGUCGGGUUUCGGUGAAAUGGACCCGGCGCACAGAGCCGUCCUCCGAAAACACCGGCUGGAGCUGUCCGGCCAGCUACUGGUCAGCGACACCAUCGUUCCGUUUCUGUACCAGGAGGAGAUUUUAACGGACGCGCAGGUGGAGGACAUCGAGUCCCGGUCCACGGAGAGACAGAAGACCCUCAGGCUCCUGGACCUCUUGCCAAGCCGCGGGCCCCGGGCCUUCCAGUCCUUCCUGCUGUCCCUGCAGGACUUCAGCUGGGUCCGGGACCUACUGCUGCAGGAGCUCCAGACCCCACCUGAACCCGGACCCACAGACGCCUGUCGGCUCCCGGAAUCAGUUCUACGGCGGGUUCCCUCAGAUCAGGAGUUGUCCAAGCUGGCGUUGCGGCUCGGUGCCGAGUGGGAGUCAGUACUAUUGGAUCUGGGUCUGUCGGCAGAGGCGCUGUUUCGAUGCCGGUUCGAUCACAGCCUCAGUUCUCAGGUGGCGGCGCUCGCUGGGCUGGUUCAGUGGAGGCGGGCUGAAGGGAAGCGAGCGACAGUGGAGAGGCUACUGCAGAGUCUGCAGAGCGCUGGCAUCCAUUCAGCGGUCCUGGAGGACGUUCUGAAGAUUUCUUCAUAAUGCAGAGAGACACAUUUCAGAUUUCUGAAGAAAAAGACUGAAUUCUGAAAUCAGAUAUUAGGGAAAAAUAUUCAUUUUUACACUAAUGUUAAAGUUUUGAAGAGUUUUCAGUAUAUAAAUCAGAAAAAUCUAAUUUAGAACAAAAUGAAGCCGCCAAACACUAAAAUGUGGCUUUAUUGCUUUUGUCUGUGGGGUUUCAAACUUUACAUAAAAACUGAUGUGUGAUGCUAAAAUCCUGUUAUUAAACUUUAUAUCCAGAGAACACAUCUUUAGAUGAAUACUUUGUAGAACGUCUACAAUAUGAAACAAAAAGAGUAAAUUUGUGGCAUAAACAUCAACAUGUCAACGACAUAACCCGUUGAAGGUUUAGGAUUAAAGUUCAGUCUGAGAUUAGAUGUUUGAAGAUAAAAGUCUGGAUUCUGAGAGACUUCAUUUCAAAUGUUGAAGCAGGAAGUCUGACAGAAAGAGCAGAAAUUUAAAGACAGAACUUGAGAUUUAAAUCCUGAGUUUGUUCUGAAGUGUGUAAAGUGACAGGUUGAAGUUUCUUCAUGGAGCUGAAUCGUCCGCAUACAGGAGUGUCCUCACCUGCUCUGCUUCAUGCUUCACUCAUUGUUGCAGAGGCCUGGGAUCAGAGAAAGAAGGAUUAUUGUGAAAUGUGAGUCAUGCUGAGCUGGUCUGUCAGCUGGAAGCGAACAGAAUAAGUUACUGUGAUGAAACUAUCCCUUUAAAUCCUGAACAAAUACAGUUGGACUGAUCUUUUUCCUGAGAAAUUAAAUCAAAUGUUUCCUGUAAAACA